AUGGCACCAACACCUCCGCCCGUUCGAGUAAUUGUGCGCCUGCCUUACAACCGACCAGAGGAUCCCCUCCAGGAUCCUCCUCGAGUAGAAUGGAGCCAGGAAAAGGAACAUAUCCUCUGGGAGGUCAUCGCAAAGUCACGCGCUAUAGAGGGAGCAGGGACGGACUGGAAGGGUCUUGCAACUCAUCUCCAGGUACCCCUCCCCUAUCUUCUUCAUCGCGCCCAGACGCGCUACGAAGAGGAUCUUCGAGGGCUGCAGGGCAUUAGUGGCGUUCUCAGUCCCACAUCGGCCGCUCCAAAUUCAGCCGGAUUUCCCGUACUGAGCCCUGUCUCUCCCCAACAGCCCAAUGGCAAUGAAUAUUUCCCGCGACUUCCGGAGGUAGCAUCUCACCGUCUUUCGACAUCAUCUGCCACCGCGACACGGCCGCUCGGAGUGCGCGCGCGUCUGAGUUCCCUCGGACAGCAAAGCCCACGCAUCAGAAGAACUUCAACGACGCGAAAUGCGAGUCAACGUUCGGCAACCAAUAUGGGCGGAAGUGUGACUGCAUCUACUCUUACGCUGCAGGGCCCUCGCAGGAGCAAAACGGCCCAGCGCGUAAUACCAUUCACGUCUUCGCAUGUACUUACAGAGAGUGCAUUCGGAGACCAGGCAGGCUAUAGUACCGAAAGUGAGGAAAGCGACGAAGACGAGGACACAAGGAAGGAAGAGGAGGAAGAUCGCCGCGCGGAGGAGGAGCGAGUCCUUGAGACUAAGCUUCUCGAUCUACAGAAGAUGAUUACGAAGGAUGCACUCGGGCUGGUCUCGUCACCCAAGAAGGCGAAGGGAAAGAUCGAAAUACAAGAUCGAGGGCGGACCCGUCCUCUCUCGAUGUCCACCGCUUCUCUCUCGAGUAAUCGCCCCAGUUCAUCGAGAAGCCAGCAAAGUCUCUCCAGCCUUAGCUCGCGAUCACCACCCGGAUCCAUACCAUCAAUACCGUCUCCCCCACCGCAUACGCCACAGCACAUGCACUGGCGCUCACACCCAGACACACGUAUAAAUCAAUCGUAUGGAUACUAUGCCUCGCAGUCACCUCCGGCAUCAUCUCCCCGCAUGGCAUCGCCAAUUCCGAGGCAUCUCAGCCCAUCAGGAAAGUCGAGUAGUCCGCCCGUGAUUUCGCCGGGGAGAGCGUUAGGGCAGACGCAUACGCGAGGUUUAGAGAGUACGUCUGGCGGUAAAGCAGGCCGUCGGAGCCGGCACACGGACGAUGGGAUUGGGACAACCGUGGGUGGGAGGGUGAGCGAGCAUGGGAGUACGACAUCGAGCUUUAGUGAUAUUGAGAUCAGUGGAAGCGGUGAGGAUUUACAAAUUUGUUUGUAUAACUUCUCGUAG